AUGGAGUCUUCCUACUUAGAUGUACCGCCUGCAGAAGGAGAGAAAUCGCACGUGUGUGAUACGUGUGGACACAGAUUCGCGCUACAAAAGCAUCUGCGGACCCACACGCUCAUUCACUCGGGAGAGAAACCCUAUUUGUGUGAUAUGUGUGACUACAGAUGCUCUCAGAUGUGUGAGCUGAAGCGACACAAACGCACCCAUACAGGAGAGAAACCCUACGUAUGUAAUAUUUGUUCAUAUUCAUGUUCUUGCUUGAGUGGUCUGAAGGUGCACUUUCGAACUCACUCAGGCGAAAAGCCCUAUGCAUGCGACACAUGUGAGUACAAAUGUACAUCAUCCUCUAUUCUCCAGAGACACAAGCGAACUCACACAGGAGAGAAACCAUACACGUGUGAUAUGUGUGACUACAGAUGCUCUGAAGUGGCUAAACUCAAGCGACACAAACGCACCCAUACAGGAGAGAAACCCUACGUGUGUGACAUUUGUUUAUAUUCAUGUUCUCGCUUGAGUAGUCUGAAGAUGCACUUUCGAACUCAUUCAGGUGAAAAGUCCUAUGCAUGUGACACAUGUGAGUACAAAUGUACAUCAUCCUCUAGUCUCCAGAGACACAAGCGAACUCACACAGGAGAGAAGCCCUAUGCGUGUGAUACGUGUGACUACAGAUGCUCUGAAGUGGCUAAACUCAAGCGACACAAACGCAUUCACACAGGAGAGAAACCCUACGUGUGUGACAUUUGUUCAUAUUCAUGUUCUCACUUGAGUGGUCUGAAGGUGCACUUUCGAACACACUCAGCUGAAAAGCCCUAUGCAUGUGACAAAUGCGAGUACAAAUGUACGUCAUCCUCGGCUCUCCCUGCACACAAGCUAACUCACACAGGAGAGAAACCCUACAAGAGUGACACAUGUGACUACAGGUGCACUCAACUAUCCAAUCUUAAGACACACAAGCGCACUCACACGGGAGAGAAACCCUAUGCGUGUGAUACAUGUGACUACUGGUGCCGUCACCUAUCCAGUCUUAAGACACACAUACGAACUCACACAGGGGAGAAGCCCUAUGCAUGUGAUACGUGUGAUUAUAGCUGCUCUCAAAUGUCUUGCCUCAAGCAACACACGCACCCAUGCAGACGAGAAACCGUAUGUGUGACAGCGUGUGAUAUUUGUUCAUAUUCAUAUUCUCACUUGAGUCGUCUGAAGGUGCACUUUCGAACACACUCAGGAGAAAAGCCCUAUACAUGUGACAAAUGCGAGUACAAAUGUACGUCAUCCAAAUCUCUUAAGCAACAGAAGGGAAUUCAUACAGGAGAGAAACGCUAUGCAUGUGAUACGUGUGACUACAGCUGCAGUCAACCAGCAAAUCUCAAGACACACAAGCUAACUCACAUGGGAGGAAAGCCCUAGACACGUGAUAACACACUGCCAAUGACAUAGCUACUGCUUGCACGUGAUAUGUGUGGAUACAUUUGCUUUCCAGGAUCGCUGCUAUUCUCAUGUUGUUUUACCCCCUCUCCCCAUCUUUUAUUUUCCCAUUGCUGAUCAGUUCUCAGAAGUGCUUAGUGCGCUAUAGAUGUAUAGAUAUAACUGCCAGUUUUGUUUUUAACUUGCUGUGCCUUUAGGGAAGGCCAGCGCCCGUAUAUAUUGCAUAGUUGACAAAGGAAUGCCGACUAGAGUAUGGCUUGUAAGUCUAAAAAGGGAAGUGUCAAAAAUCUGUGUGUGUGUGUGUGUGUGUAUGUGUG